CUGAUAAUAAGGGUGAAAUUAGAGCAACGGUAACAAUGAUAUCUCAAAUACCGUUUAGUAUCAAAAAAUAAAACAAUUUUAAACAAAGACGAGUGAAAAAAAUCAACAUGUUUAAACUAAUAAUUUUGACCACAAUCACACUAAACCUGGUAAACCACUGCAUUUGUGUGGACCCGGAGAUACAGUUCUCGCACUCAGACAUCGGCGCGAGUUUUAUAUUGAAAUGCGAAUUACAUUACGACAAAUCGGAGGCCACUUUCAGCCGCUUUGAGAUCAGCAAAGACUCUGCCAUUUAUUUCACGUACGGCGAGAAUAAGCAGAAAAACUUCAAACGGAUCGAUGGCAUCGAUAGGCUAGAAAUGGACACAUCAUUCAUGCAAACGGAACGGGUGUCCAGUUAUGCACACGUGGAGAAUGAGAUCAAAUACGGCGGCCCACAG